UCUUCCAUACGUCGCUCUCGUGACCGUCGGCGCUACAUACUGCGCCUGCGCAAGCGCCGCGGCCUUUUUUCCCCCGCGGAGCCGUGCUGGGCCUGCAGCUCUGUGGCAAGCCGCGGACUCGGGUCUCUGUUCCGCAGGAUGGGGUUUGUUAAAGUUGUCAAAAAUAAGGCCUACUUCAAGAGGUACCAAGUGAAAUUUAGAAGAAGACGAGAGGGUAAAACUGAUUACUAUGCCCGGAAACGCCUGGUGAUUCAAGAUAAAAAUAAGUACAACACACCUAAGUACAGGAUGGUCGUUCGUGUGACCAACAGAGACAUCAUUUGUCAGAUUGCUUACGCCCGUAUAGAAGGAGAUAUGAUAGUCUGUGCAGCUUAUGCUCACGAGCUCCCAAAGUACGGUGUGAAGGUCGGCCUGACCAAUUACGCUGCAGCGUAUUGCACUGGCCUGCUGCUGGCCCGCAGGCUUCUCAAUAGGUUUGGUAUGGACAAGAUUUAUGAAGGCCAAGUGGAGGUGACUGGAGAUGAAUACAACGUGGAGAGCAUUGAUGGUCAACCCAGUGCCUUUACGUGCUACUUGGACGCAGGGCUUGCCAGAACUACUACUGGAAAUAAAGUGUUUGGGGCGCUGAAGGGAGCCGUAGAUGGAGGCUUGUCUAUCCCCCACAGUACCAAACGAUUCCCUGGUUAUGAUUCAGAAAGCAAAGAAUUCAACGCUGAGGUUCACCGAAAGCACAUCAUGGGGCAGAACGUUGCAGAUUAUAUGCGUUACCUGAUUGAAGAGGACGAGGAUGCUUACAAGAAACAGUUCUCUCAAUACAUAAAGAACAACAUAACUCCAGACAUGAUGGAGGAGAUGUAUAAGAAAGCGCACGCUGCAAUACGGGCCGACCCGGUCUACGAGAAGAAGCCCAAGAGAGAGGUUAAAAAGAAGAGGUGGAACCGUCCCAAAAUGUCACUUGCCCAGAAGAAAGACCGGGUAGCGCAGAAGAAGGCAAGCUUCCUUAGAGCUCAGGAACGAGCUGCUGAGAGUUAAUGAACCAAACUACAAUUUUUUAUGAAGAUUUUAAGACAGUAAUAAACUUAUUGACCGAGCAA